GAUAGGCAGAUGUGGCCAUAUUCCUUCCGAGUAAUGCGAUUGGACAGAUAGACGCUUCCACGGCAGUUCAGCCCUGCUGCCUGUGUGUGGCAACCGGGGGUAAGCUGGACGACUGGGGGGGAAAUGCGAGAUUGUGGAGAGUACCGUGUUACGCUUUUAAAGAACCUCUUCGACUCGUAGGAGAGAUUUUUGGAAGCUUAUAUGUAUAUAUGUUUUUUGUCGUUUUUGAGGGGAUUAACCAGCCGCGUAAGGAGCGCAUUCCUCGGAGCUUCAACGACGACGACUAAAGUAGUUUAAUCGAGCCCGACCGAGCGAUUUUUUUUCCUCCUAACUGCUCCCUGCAGUCUAGUCCAGCCUGACUGGGUGCGUUCUGGAGAGAGUGGAGGAUGCUUCUCCAGAUCUGGAUCCACAUUACAAGGAAUUAAACGCCUAAAUUAUAGCCUUCUGUAUUUUUUUUCUUCUUUUUGGGGAAACAAAGGUCGGACCGAAGAAUAGGACGCACAUUCGGGAUUUUCACGACCUCCCCUCACCCCCUCUAUCCCACCCCUGUCUGCUGAGACUGACAUCUGUGAGCAAAUUUCCAGCCUUUUGCUAAAAGGACCUGCACACUGGAGACAUAAACAAAGGACACAUUUAAAGAUGUAUCCACAGGGCCGACAUCCGGCUCCACAUCAGCCCGGCCAGCCCGGCUUCAAAUUUACCGUUGCCGAGUCUUGUGACAGAAUUAAAGAUGAGUUUCAGUUCCUCCAAGCCCAGUAUCACAGUCUGAAGGUGGAGUAUGACAAACUGGCCAAUGAGAAAACAGAGAUGCAGCGCCACUAUGUCAUGUAUUACGAGAUGUCUUAUGGGUUGAAUAUAGAGAUGCACAAACAGACGGAGAUUGCCAAACGACUGAAUGCAAUUCUAGCUCAAAUUAUGCCUUUCCUGUCACAAGAGCACCAACAACAGGUUGCUCAGGCAGUGGAGAGGGCUAAGCAGGUGACUAUGACCGAGCUGAAUGCCAUCAUCGGGCAGCAACAGCUCCAGGCGCAGCACCUUUCCCACGCUGCUCACGGGCCUCCAGUUCAGCUGCCGCCCCACCCCUCGGGUCUGCAGCCGCCUGGAAUCCCCCCUGUCACCGGCUCUGGAUCCGGCCUGCUGGCGCUCGGGGCGCUGGGCAGCCAGGCUCACCUCCCAGUGAAGGAUGAGAAGAACCAUCACGAUCUGGAGCACAGAGAAAGCACGAAUAACUCGAUAUCUCCAUCAGAAAGCUUGCGGACGGCAAGCGAGAAGCACCGCAGCUCUUCUGACUACAGCUUGGAUUCCAAAAAACGCAAACUGGAGGAAAAGGACAGCAUGAGCAGAUAUGACAGCGACGGAGAAAAGAGUGAUGAUUUGGUGGUAGAUGUGUCUAAUGAGGACCCAGCUACUCCACGGGCUAGCCCAGCCCAUUCCCCACCUGAAAACGGCAUUGAUAAACCGCGCCCACCCAAGAAAGAUACACCAAACAGCCCAGCAUCUGUAGCCUCCUCUGGAAGCACCCCGUCCUCAAAGGCAAAGGAGCUCAGUCAUAAUGACAAAUCCUCCACGCCUGGUCUUAAAUCCAAUACCCCCACCCCGCGUAACGAUGCCCCCACCCCUGGCACAAGCUCCACUCCUGGGCUCAGACCCAUACUGGGCAAACCACCAGGCAUGGAGGCUCUUGCACCAGCUUUGCGGACCCCUUUGUCCAUUGCUGGCUCCUAUCCCCCCUUUGCCAUGAUGGGCCACCAUGAAAUGAAUGGAGGCCUAACGAGUCCAGGUGUCUACGCUGGCCUGCACAUCUCCCCUCAGAUGAGCGCUGCAGCAGCUGCAGCGUAUGGACGUUCGACUAUGGGGUUUGAUCCUCACACUCAUAUGAGAGCCCCAGGCCUUCCAGCCAGCCUCACGUCUAUUUCUGGGGGGAAACCUGCAUACUCCUUCCACGUAAGCGCAGAUGGCCAGAUGCAACCUGUACCCUUCCCGCCUGAUGCCCUGAUUGGACCGGGUAUUCCACGUCACGCACGUCAGAUCAACACGCUUAGCCACGGCGAAGUGGUGUGUGCUGUCACCAUUAGCAACCCCACACGUCAUGUUUACACCGGCGGUAAGGGCUGCGUCAAAAUCUGGGACAUCAGCCAGCCAGGCAGCAAAAGCCCCGUUUCCCAACUGGACUGUCUGAACAGGGAUAACUACAUCCGAUCCUGUAAGCUCCUGCCUGAUGGCCGCACAUUGAUUGUUGGAGGCGAGGCCAGCACUUUGACCAUCUGGGACCUGGCCUCUCAGACGCCUCGCAUCAAGGCCGAGCUCACCUCAUCGGCCCCGGCGUGCUACGCCUUGGCCAUCAGCCCUGACGCCAAGGUCUGCUUCUCCUGUUGCAGUGAUGGAAACAUCGCCGUUUGGGACCUGCACAACCAGACCCUUGUUAGGCAGUUCCAGGGUCAUACAGAUGGUGCUAGCUGCAUUGACAUUUCCCAUGAUGGCACUAAACUGUGGACAGGCGGCCUCGAUAACACUGUUCGCUCUUGGGAUCUUAGAGAGGGUCGACAGCUGCAGCAGCACGACUUCACUUCACAGAUCUUCUCCUUGGGCUACUGUCCGACCGGAGAGUGGCUUGCUGUUGGGAUGGAGAGCAGCAACGUGGAGGUGCUUCACCAUUCAAAGCCUGACAAAUAUCAGCUCCACCUACAUGAAAGCUGCGUCCUCUCACUCAAGUUCGCCUACUGUGGUAAAUGGUUUGUAAGCACUGGGAAGGACAAUCUGUUGAAUGCUUGGAGGACUCCUUAUGGCGCCAGCAUAUUCCAGUCCAAGGAAUCCUCUUCGGUCCUGAGCUGUGACAUCUCAACGGAUGACAAGUACAUCGUGACUGGCUCUGGUGACAAGAAGGCCACAGUGUAUGAAGUGAUCUAUUAGCAGUGCUUUGGAUGGGAGCAUGCACAUGCUUAGGAACAGCACGCUCUUCCUCCGCCUAUCUUCUCCCUAACGGACAACAUGAAUUCCGCUAUGCGGGACAGGAAGUUUGGCAGUGCCAGACUAAUAUGGAUGCCGGCGCUGCUUUGGACCUGGAUUUUUAUGUCUGAUUAAAACACUUGUACAGCAACAAAGUUUCUGCAAAGGCACUAAGAGAAAGGAAAUAAGACGAAAAAUGUCGAUUUCUUUUUUUUUUUUUUCUCUCCUUCGUUGGAUUUUUCUUUUUUUUUUAACCUUUUUGACUAUGGAUAAAGUUCCAUGAAAGCUAGAAGCGGCGCUUCUCUCCGGAGCUUUUCCUCGGAGGUCCUGUGAAAAGUGUACAUAAUGGAGUAAUAAAUGGCCUUUUAUAGAUUUAUAUUUUGGUGUCCAAUUUCGCUUGUGAUGGUUCUUUCUUGUUCUCUGUGAUUUUCUGUCCCCUUUGGGGAUGGAAAUUAGAUUAGGACUUUGUAAGAGGAUAUUCUGUUUCCUUCCCCUCCUCCCCCCCCGUAGCAUUUUUUUUCCCCCAUGUUCUUUGUCAAGAGCAACCUUUUUCGGAAAUCUAAUUUGGACGGGUUUUUUUCGGACAACAGCUCCUUUUUUUUCCUUCUCCUAUUUGGUACAAAACAGAUGCUCCAAGGAGUAUAGCCACACAGAACUCCAGAAAACGUCCCGCUGACCCCCACCGGCCCUGACUGGAGGAAGGAGAAAUUCAUUGUUUUCAGUUUCAUUAGCCCACUGGCUUUGGUCAGCAGAAACUCAACUCUGAAAUGAAGAUCUGUCACUUAACACUGGCUGCUUUCAGUAACACCAAAAUGGAUAACUAACAACCGGAAGACUGAUGGAUUUCCUAAAAGCCAGCCGUGACUUGAGCUCCGUCUGUUGACUCAACCAUUGUAUGAAAAAUUCAUUGCACCGCUCUGCAAAGUCAUCAGUCUGUGCAAGUUAAUUAUUGCCUUUCUUGUUUUGACGGCCUGUGACUGAUAUGCAAGGCUUGCUUGGUUACACAUUUAGAUGGCGAGCAAAGCCACGCCCACUUUUUACAUCCUGGGUAUACAGUUUGCUUUCUUUAACAUUGACAAUACUCUGCCUGGGAAAACUCUUACAGGAAUGGUCUCUGCAUAAACUGUGUCGCAUACACGUGUCACCCAUAAGGACUGUACAGUAGGCAGUUGUUGAUAAGUCAAUAAACUGUAUUUAUAUAAAAUAUAAUCUUGACUCAAUUUCUGAAGAGACGUUUUCUUGCUGGUUAUAAUAGUGUUUAGAGAAUAGCUGAAGGUUUUAUCUUCAAGAUAGUUAAAG